UGGUGGUGAAUGAUUGACCAAAGCUGUAUAGAUACCUGGCUGUUGACUUAAAAUGAAUGAUAUCCUGGUUUCCUGGUUAGAGUCACAGUGAUACAUUCCGAAAACACCAGAGAGCAUGGGAAGAAUAAAUAUGGGAAAAUCAAUCCUUAUGCUUCUUUGGCUGUUACUUACUCUCGGAUCAGUAGCAGCCCAAGCAGAUAAGGUAGAACGAGAUUUACCCAACUGGCUGACGGGAAUCAUCUCUGUCGUGGUCUUCCUCUGUGUCGUCUUUAUCGCCUUCCUUGUUAACAAAGUCUGGUGCAACACAAGCAAACCAGAAGAUGUGUUUUCUAACGAAUACACCAUGCCCAAUGGAUCGCCAUCCUAUGAAACUAGUCUCGACGCUGUCAGAAGCGCUGAUGACCCCAACGCGUUUGAGAACGUGAUCGUUCACCAGACGGAUGAAAAAGUAACAGCAAUGUAACUGAAGGAAUAUCUCCAGUCACACUCUGCUGAUUCAACACAACAUAUUAACCCCGUUUUCUACUGUAACCCCGUGAAUUAUCAUUUUAUUUGUUGACGCAGCUCAUCUUGCACCAAAGGUUAACUGUGUUUGUGUCGAAUCAACUUUAUAGAUGCUAUAGCAGUACUGCAGGUCUGUCAGCAAAGCUAAAUGCAAAUAAUAAAAUGCAAUGGACCAUAAUAGUCCAGGGGUCGCAAAACAAAUCAGCUUAUCCACUUUUAAAGGGAGAGAGAAAAUGCUUCCUGUAUCUUUAGUGGUUGGUAUCAAAGCUGCUCAAUCAAAAUUUAUGAGCACGGAUUUAUCUGUUGCUUGGAAGUAUGACUAAUACAACACAAUUCGGGUGUGUUUUUCUCAUAGUAUGUCAGGUUGUUAAACCCAAUUUCUGCAUUUGCAUAGAGGUCAGUUUCUUUAAUGGCACCUUAAUGUUUGAUUUUAGAUCAUUUUUGUUAUUUUGUCUUAGUAAACCAGUACAUAAUCAAAAUUGUGUCUAUUUUAUAUAAAAGAUGAUGCCGAAAUCUGAUGCCGAACCAGGUGAGGACCACUGGUUGGGAAAUAAAUCAAAGAUUUUUAUAAACCAAUGCACUUGUGAACAUCCAAACAAUAUCAAAAAUGCUGUAGGCCUACUUUAUAACUUCAUUUGUUGUGUAACUCACUUUUCAAUUUGAUGAAUCAAUACAAGCUAAUGAGCUACUGUAAAAAGCAAUUCAUUUAUAGCAUCAAAUCAUUUUACAAAUAAAUAUAGAAAAUUCAUUCUUAAAAAUGCUUUUCCGUAAUCUAUUUCAGCAUCAGAAUUGACAAGUCGAAAGACGAUUAGAAUGAAAAUAACUUUAUUUUUUGCGACACUUGAUCACUUCUACUUUCCAAAAUAAACCGUGACCAUAAAUCUG